AUGGCAGCUCAGCCGCUACCGCCACCGCCACCGCUGCCACCACCAUCACUUGGGCACCGGAGUUGCUACCCCAACUGUGAGUCCGCCAUUAACAUGCAGAUCAAUUUGGAGCUCUACGCUUCCUGUGUCUAUCUGUCCAUGAGUUACUAUUUCGAUCGCGAUGAUGUGGCCAUGAGACACUUGGCCCAGUUCUUCCUGCGCCUGUCCAGUGAUGAGAGAUCACAUGCUGAGAAGCUGAUUCAGCUGCAGAACCAGCGCGGGGUGCAUGUCAAUCGCCCUGACUUCCAAGUGUGUGGAGACUGGGAGAGUGCACCAAAGGCCAUGAAUAUUGCCCUCAGCCUAGAGAAGCAUGUGAACCAGAACCUGUCCAAUCUCUACCAGAUGGCCAGCAACGUGAGAGAUGCGUUACUGUGUGACUUCCUGGAGAAUCACUAUCUGCAUGAGCAAGUCAAUUCCCCCCAGUGGUUGGGAAGCCCUCUCACUAACCAGAGAAAUAUGAGGGCCCCAGAAGAAGAGCUGGCAGAGUACUUCUUUCACAACCUUAACCUGGAUGACUAA